AAAAAAGAAGGGGAUACCAGAAAAAACAGUGCAUUGGACUAUCCAGACAGCUCUUGGUAAACUUCUUUGAGAAACAGAAGAUAUGGAAAAUCAGAAGCUCUCCAUCAUUGGUCUUGUUUUCUGUUUAAUUUUAUUAACCGUAGACAUCCAAGGAACUUCUGCACAGACGUGUUCCACCAGUGCAGUCUCGACAUGUGUCACAACUUACUCUAAGGCUGUUUUUGCUGCUGGUAAUGAUUAUGGAAAAAUUUGCAGUGAAGCCCACAAGUACCUAAACUGUCUAGACAAUGUAUUGACUGCCUGUGGCGCACAGGACUCGACAACUAAUUAUGCAAAACAAUACGUCGACCUAGCAAGGCAAGCCCUCAAUCAAUACGCAUGUGGUUCAGCUGGCCUCAUUUUUAAUCUGCUGGUCAUGGCAUUAGGGCUGGCGUUUACAUUCAUUUUCAAAACAUUCAAUGAUUGAAAAUCAUUGAAACACGUUCAAACAAAAUUUUAAACGCAUAAUCUAGACUUUAACUACUAAAUGAAUUAAUCUAUGUUGUCAAAAUUAACUUACUUUGAUGUGUAUGCAAAAUUCGUAUGAUUGUGAAAAAAAACUUGGAAUGUAUUUUUGCCGUGUGUUUUUAUAAAUUCUGUCCUGGACAAUAUAACAUACAUCAUAGAAAACAUAUGCCAUUAU